UACUGCUGCCCUCGGACUGCCGAGGACACAAAGCUAGACCUAAAACCCUGGGAAAGCGAGGUCAGAGUCCUGCAUCCGCCCUUCCCGCACCCCGUGGCACCUUUUCCUUCUCCUCACAGCUGAGGGGCUUCCCGGGAGGCUCUUCCAUCGGGCAGGCGACAGAACGAAAAAAGCAGCCGUCGCCGACCCCAGGCCUGCCGACACCGGGACCCAGUUGACCCUGGGCCGGGGAGGCGCCCCGAGAAAGAAUGGGGAGCCCGGGAUCGCACCCUCAGCGCGCGAUCAGCUGACCCACGCGGGCCAGGCGCGCCCUAAUCUCCGGCCAAUUAAAUCCAAUGUUCGACCUGCGCACGCGCAGCCGGAGACGGCCGAGCAGUGGAGCGAGGCCGCCUAAAGGAGAGCCGAGCUGUCGAUGAGUCCAAGUGGGCCACCUAGAGCGGAAGUGGAGGAGCGGCCGGAAGUAGCCGGAAUCUCAGAAAGACUGUCCGACUGACUCUGACGAGAUCUGGGACUGAGGGAAGGAGGCGGCGGCCAUGGAGUUGGGCGAGCUGCUCUACAACAAGUCCGAGUACAUCGAGACGGCAUCUGGGAACAAAGUCAGUCGCCAGUCAGUGUUGUGUGGAAGCCAGAACAUCGUUCUCAACGGCAAGACCAUUGUGAUGAAUGACUGUAUUAUCCGAGGGGAUCUGGCAAACGUAAGAGUUGGACGUCAUUGUGUUGUAAAAAGUCGUAGUGUCAUAAGGCCACCAUUCAAGAAAUUCAGCAAAGGUGUUGCAUUCUUUCCUUUACAUAUUGGGGACCAUGUCUUUAUUGAGGAAGAUUGUGUGGUCAACGCAGCUCAGAUUGGUUCCUACGUUCAUGUUGGGAAGAACUGUGUGAUUGGGCGCCGAUGUGUGUUGAAAGACUGCUGCAAAAUUCUUGACAACACGGUAUUACCUCCAGAAACUGUGGUCCCACCAUUCACUGUCUUCUCAGGCUGCCCAGCUUGUUAGAGCUGGGUCUUUCUUUCCCCAGGACUCUUCUCAGGGGAGCUCCCAGAGUGCACUCAGGAGCUGAUGAUUGACGUCACCAAGAGCUACUACCAGAAGUUUUUGCCGCUGACACAAGUCUAGCAUCUCUGCCUCAUGUCUUGAAUCUGCUUGAGCUCUAAGAUGAACCUGAGGACAAAGUGAGCCAGUCAGCACCUAGAAAAAACUCUUGUGUUUGACAUCUACCACCCUCCUCCUUUUAAAAAAUUUCUUUAGAAUUUCUCAAUCCUCAAGGCUGUAACCUCUUAAGAAUUUACUAACAGACAGACUAUCUGGAGGAGUUGUCUUCAAAUGCUGUGCUUACACCUUAUCUGUGAACAGUCACUUUGUACCAUUAUCUGUGGAACACAGAAUCAUCUGUUCCCAACGCUCCAGCCCCUUGGUCCUUGGAUGGCUGGAUCCUGCCUGAAACGGACCUGCAGAGCAGCAGCACCCUUCCGGUGUGGAGGCUGUGUAGCUGGUGUGCUGCUCAUGGCCAUACACUACCCAUGCUGAGAGCCUCUCACACAGGUAAUGCCCAGCUUUUCUGCUGCUAACACAUUUGGCCAGUUGUUGGCAAUUGUUCAUAAUCCUGGGAAAGGUGUUUGUGACUUUUCAGAGCCCAGAUUCCUGUUGGCUCUUAAAACUUGAGGGUAGGGGUGA